UCAGUGUGUGUGUGUGUGUGUGUUUAUUACUAUAAUCAUUAUAACUAGUCAUUAUAAUUAUCUUACUAUCAUUAACUUGUUUUAGUUAUUAUACUCCUAUGAAACUUGUAUUAUUACUGGUCACAGCCAAUCAUCGUCGAGUUGCUCGCGUCUCCCGCCCAAUCAGAGCUUCCUGUGACCCGUUAGGACCGCCCAUUUGUAUGAGGAGGGGCCACAAGUGAGCUUGAAUAUCAUAAUUGCUUCGCGCUCACGGACCUGCUUCACAGAAGGGGUCACACGUGAGCUUGAAUAUGGCCCACUAACUCUCACCACAUCAGAACAGAAUGCCGAAGGUGGAGAGAGCGCAACUGCGCACAAGAUUGCUCACGGAGUGCGGAGAUUUUACAGAAAUUGAUGGAGAACUGCAAUGCAAAUUUUGUACUACAAAGGUUCCCAAUUUGAAGAAAUCUUCAAUCGUGCAACAUCUGAAGACUAAAAGACACAGAGAGAAUAAACAAAGAUCGCAGCAAGACGAGGCAGUACAGGAAGAAGGCUUAGAAGAUGAAGAAACUGUUGAACAGCAACCUCCACCUGCGCAAAAGAAUUUCAAUAGAGAUCUCUGCAAAGCUUUAAUAUCUUCUAACAUACCUUUAAAUAAGGUAAAUUCAACACCGUUCUCAUCCUUUCUUCUCAAAUAUACUGCAUACACUGUUCCAGACCAGAGUACUCUUAGGAAAUACCAUGUGCAAGAUUUGUAUAAGGAAACUUUGAGUGAUCUUCGACAUAAAGUCGAUGGAAAAAAAACUGUGGGUGUCGUUAGACGAAACGACAGACGUGGAGCAGAGGUAUGUUGCGUGCUUUGUGUUUGGGAUACUGGGAGAAGAGGUGGAACGGCUUAAAUGUUAUUUAGGCAACGUAGCUGAGCUGAAAUCUGUAAAUCACUCGACCAUAGCAGCCUUCUUCAAUGAUUCUCUACAUGUACUGUGGCCUCAACAAAUUCUGUAUGAAAACGUGUUAAUUGCUACAACAGAUGCAGCACCAUAUAUGUGCAAGGCUAUGCGGGGAUUGCAAGUUAUGUAUCCGAAAAUGAUACAUGUGACAUGUCUCGCUCAUGGUUUACAUCGGGUUGCAGAAAUGGUCAGAUCUAACUACCCUGAGGUUAAUCGUUUGAUAUCUGCAGCCAAAAGUGUGUUUCUUAAAUCACCACGACGAGUAGAGAAAUUUAAGGAACUUUCACCUGGAGUCUCCCUCCCACCUUCGCCUGUUGUUACCAGAUGGGGCACUUGGUUGGAAGCAGCGCAGUAUUAUUCAAAUCAUCUGGAAGAGGUCAAUAAGACAAUUAUGAGUUUUGACGAAACUGAGGCCCAGAGCAUUGCUGAGUGCAGAGAGCUCCUAAAUAAUGUUGAAGUGAAAGUAAGCUUGGCGUUCAUUGCUAACCAAUUUUCUGUAUUAGCCUCUACAAUUGAAAAGCUUGAAACACGAGGGCUAUCUUUGAAAACAGCUGUUGGUUACAUCACGGAGGUUAAAGAGAAGCUUGAAAACAUGUAUGAUAGAACCUAUUUUGAUAAGUUCACGUCAGUAUUGGCUAAGAAUAAAGGAUUUGCAACUGUUAAAAAAAUUAGCUCUCUCUUAUCUGGGAAAUUGAAGAAAACAAAUGACGAAUACAUCAACCAAUACUCCAGCUCUGAAUUAACUGCAUUUCAAUUUGCUCCUGUCGUUACCUGUGAUGUGGAAAGAAUGUUUUCUGUGUACAAAACUGUUUUAGCCGACAAUAGACGCAGUUUUCAUUGUGAAAAUUUGAAACAUCACUUAAUCAUCAAAUGUAAUGAACCCUAAUUAUGUCCUGUUGGUAAUGUUUUGUCACUAAUGAAUCUUAAGUUUUUGGGUGUUCGUUACUACAGUAUUGUUUAGUGUUUUUGUUACUAAAGCUUAUUUAGUGUUCUUGUUACUACAGCCUAUUGUGUUUGGUGUUCUUGUUACUACAGUCUACAUAGUUAUUUAUUUUUUAAUGUAGAAACCUUUAUUUUUUCAUAUUUGAAUACAUAAAAAAUCAUAGUACUCACUACUCAGUCUGACUGUAUUGUCUGCCCUUUGUUUUAGAAAAUCGUGACAUCGAUGAUACAAUGUGUAAUAAGUUCCCCAUUAUGCAAAGUGAGCAACUGAUCAUGGAAAAAGAAAAUAUCCAUAUAACAUAAACAGCAUAUAUUAGAGCAUAAAAAGCAUACUGUCAAGAAUAAAAAACAUAUUUAUGAGCAUAAAAAGCAUAUUUUAAAGCAUAAAAAGCAUUUUUUUUUAAGCAUAAAAAGCAUUUCUGUA